AUGCUUCAAAGGCGAAGCUUCUCCGAGUGCAAGUUUGAAAAGGCACUCUGUUCGAAGGAGAAAUGGCUGGCCAAAGAGGAGGCACGGCAUCGGGCGUUGUGGCUGCAGCAGAUGCGCUACCAGGAAAUGAGGGCAACGCAUGAAAAUAAGGAAACUGCUCGCAGGGACUGGCAAGAACUUUUCGCUGCGCAGAAAUCGGCCGAGAUUCAGAUCCGCAUGCAGACAAUUCGCGGCCGCCGACAACAAGCCCAGGAGUUUAUCAGAGCACAGACAGAAGAGCAAACGGCUUUAGCGGAGGCGAAAGCCAGAGCAGCUGAAUCGAAGUCGGAAUUCAUAGCUCGACAGAGGGCCGACGAAGAAGCGCUGAAUCAGGAAAUCGCGAGCCAUCGUGAUGCUCGUAUUGCUAAGAACAUCUACAAGGCAAGCCUCCUGCAGACCGAGCAGGCGCAGAGGAGGCUUCUCCAGCAGGAGAUGACUGCUCAACGACGAAUGAUGGUAGAGCAAGAGGCUGUCCGUGAGAGGGCCGCAUCUGCCGAGCGCAGGAGGGCUCGUUCCGAGUACAUGGAUGCCCGUCUUCGUGCCCACUCCCAGCAGCUGGAAAGCAAGCGCCAGGAGAAGGAGGCGAGGCUCGCCCACAAGCGACAACAAGUCGAGGCACGACAUCGACGCCAUGAGGAGAUCAUGGAGCGAAUGAGGGAGCUGGAUGUGCAACACCAUCAAACGAGCUCGCUGCUGAGAGACUUGACAUGGCAGGCGGCCGUGACUAACAGUCAGGAUCGUCUCUUGCGGGAGCUCACGGCUGUUCCAGGAGUGGCUUCCGCACCUGCGACGCCCAGGAGCCCUGGCCCUGGCGGAUACGCUUCGUCAAGGGGCACGCCACGACCAGUCAGUGCAGAUCGAGUCGGUCCUGCGACCCCCGAAAGCGCUGCCACGCUCUCACGGCCGGACAUCUCGCCGCCAGGAUCACAGUGUCAGAACGUGCCAGGGCAAGUCAAUGCAGACUGGUCGGUUCCCGAGACGCCCAGCAGCCCUUGCGGAUUCACCACACCUUCCCCGCGGGACAUCUCAUCACCAGCAUCACAGUCCUCGCCCCGGCGACUCAAUGCAGAUCGGUUGAUUCCCCGCGCAUUUUGCCCCACUCUGCAGACUAAGCCGAAUCUAUGGUUGUUCACGGCCGGGCUGCAGCCUCCGCCGCUUCCAGCGCCACUGCCUUCGCCUCCUAGAGUCCCUCAGGUCAAUGCUGGCUCGCUAGCCCGCAUCCUCUGGUCCCCCCUGCCUGGGCCGACUGGGCCUGGGCACCAGCCGGUCGCCAUAGGCUCCGUCAGUUCAUCCUCCCUCAGCUCCUUCAGUGGCGGCGUGGAUGGCUGCGCCGUCCUGCACGGAAUUGUGAGUGGGUAG